AUUUGCGAAUGCAAUGCAGUGUGCCUUUCUUUCAAUUGCAAUCGCGGCGUGGCCAUGGCGUCCUCACUCCUCCUCCUCCGCGGUGCACUUCCUGUUGCUCCACCCUCGCCCUCUCCUCCUUCUCCUCUUCCUUCCCCUCCUGCUCUCCUUGUUUGCAUCUCUGCAUUCCGCUCUCGAUCUUCUCUUUCUCAAUUUGGAGGUGGUGCGGCGUGGAGGCCCGUCUGCAGGGAGAAGCGUCUGCCGAGAGCUAGCAACGGCGACAACGCCGUGAAGGAAGGGGAUGUGCAGAACGAGGACGUUCAAUUUGAUGUCACACGGAUGGAGCGGUACACGGAGAGAGUGCCUAACGAGGUUCUUCGAGUGCACGCGGUAGUGGAUGGGGAGGAAGACCAGGUGAUCAUCUUCAAGGGAUUUUCGUCGUCUCUAAUGAGACCAACCCCCGACGAUCCUGCGGAGCUGGUGCUGCCUGCAACAGCCACCAUCCGAGGCAUAGACCGCAUCCGAGGGCCUUUCAACCCGACCAAAGUGCUCCUCAUCAGGGGAGGGAAGGGCUUGACCUGGCAGCAAUUUCAGACUCUGCUCGAAGACAAGGGAUGUUAGCGCAGCAUCGUUGAAGGUGAUGUGCUUGUGCUACAGAUUUGUAUCAAUCCUGCUCCUGCUCCUCCUGUCCAGUAUUCUUUCUUCCCCGGCUUGCCGUAUCCUGCACCUCUCGUAUCAUUAUUUGUAAUAUUAUUUUGGGCAAUUCCUCUCUUAUUGUUGUUGUAAAGUCUAUGACAAAAAGAAAAGGAAAAUAGAAAUAAAGUUAUUGGAAGGUGGAAAAUCUAGCAGUUGAUGACAAGCACAAAAUAAUAAUUUUUAGAGAACCAAACUUACCAAAAGAGAGAAAAACCUCACAAUUUGCUUGGAUGUUGGCCUACCUCUUUCUCCAACCUUGAUGCCAAUCUCAUAAUAUUGAUAUCUCUUAUUAUAAUUUUUUUUA